UAUGCCUCUUGCGGAGCUGCGCAAGUUAAAGUGAGCAACACGUCUACUCAGAAGAGAAACAUCUUGCUGCUCCGCUCCUGAUUCAGCAGCAGUGACUGAGGGAGUACUUUGUCAGUGGGAGGUAACCCACAUAACUGCUUAUCAAUUCUACGCCCGUCCACUGUGCUGCACCGUCCGGAACACGCUCUGAGAUGCUGCUCCACAUCACGGUUUCAUGCAAGCCUCCAUGCUCGGACUGCAAACCGGAUCUUGUGGCACAAGCCCGAAGCGAUUGCAGCCAAGGGUGGAGGAGAAGGACGGAUAGAGGGACACUUGAAUGAGAAGCUCUCAGUUUUAUCCCUCCCCGCGUGUGGAUCGCCUGAGUGGUUAGGAUACAUCAUUCUGGAAGGUGAACCACCUAUCACAUGGGGAGCUUUAUCCAUAUCAGAUCUUGUGCAUUUACCGAACUGAAGAAUAACAAGUGUGCAACUCAGGAGAAGCGCGGGGCAUUAAUGAGUCGAGCAGUUGCAGCAAUGGCACUUGUGGGUCCUUCAACGCAAAGAGCGUCGUGGAAAAAGGCAAUAUCGGAUUUAUCACCAAAAAUUUGAGAGUUAUUUCCACAUCUGGACUGAUGGAUGGAAUGUUUGUUGCUCUAAGAGUGCUGCUAAAUAGCCUCGGAUUGUACAACCUCGCCUGAGAAUUGCGGACUUUUUUUUUUUCUCCAUUAAUGCAGUUUUUUGUGCUUUGACCAAAAGGCGGAUCGAUCUCGUAAAGCCUCAUCCAGCAUGAUCGCUGUCUACAUGAACAAGGCCAGUAUUAUGUUGGAUUGGGGGUUUUAAAUGAGAAUGACCAGAAGACCACUGAACUGUAAUUGACUUGGCAGCUGUCCCCGAUCCUCUUUCCAACAAGUGGAGGACCAGUCAAUGAAUUAUGAUUGUUAAACAAGAUGACCUCCUCUCAGCAGCAGCAGAUGAUGCGAGGUCCUAGGUGGAACCGGGCCUUGUCCAACCCUUUUUUUGUGCUGCUCCUGGCCCUACAGCUUUUGGUGGUUGCGGGUCUGGUUCGUGCUCAGACGUGCCCUUCUGUCUGCUCCUGUAGUAAUCAAUUCAGCAAAGUCAUCUGCACACGGAGGGGGCUACGAGAGGUCCCUGAUGGCAUUUCUACCAACACACGCUACCUGAAUCUCCAAGAAAACCUCAUCCAGGUCAUUAAAGUGGACAGCUUCAAGCACCUAAGACAUUUGGAGAUCCUACAGCUGAGUAAAAAUCACAUACGCAAAAUUGAGCUUGGAGCCUUCAAUGGACUUGCUAGCCUCAAUACCCUGGAGCUUUUUGAUAAUCGCCUCACCACCAUCCCAAAUGGGGCAUUUGAAUACCUGUCCAAACUAAAGGAGCUAUGGCUGAGGAAUAAUCCCAUUGAGAGUAUUCCUUCCUAUGCCUUCAACAGGGUGCCCUCAUUACGACGGCUGGACCUUGGGGAGCUUAAAAGGCUAUCCUACAUAUCUGAGGGAGCCUUUGAAGGGCUGAGCAAUCUUCGCUACUUAAAUCUGGGAAUGUGCAAUCUGAAGGAAAUUCCCAACCUUAUUCCCCUGGUGAAGCUGGAUGAGCUGGAGAUGUCAGGGAACCAGCUGUCUGUGGUCCGGCCUGGCUCUUUUAAGGGGCUCAUUCAUCUCCAGAAGCUAUGGAUGAUGCAUGCCCAAAUCCAGACUAUAGAGAGAAACUCAUUUGAUGAUCUCCAGUCAUUAGUGGAGCUAAAUUUAGCCCACAACAACCUUACACUCUUGCCCCAUGAUCUGUUCACUCCUUUGCAUCAUCUGGAGAGAGUGCAUUUGCACCACAACCCUUGGAAUUGUAACUGUGACAUCCUCUGGCUUAGUUGGUGGCUCAAGGAGAUGGUACCAGCAAACACCAGCUGCUGCGCCCGUUGCAGCUCCCCAGCUCCCCAUAAAGGGCGCUACAUUGGUGAGCUUGACCAAAACUACUUUCACUGUUAUGCUCCUGUUAUUGUGGAGCCCCCAGCUGACCUAAAUGUGACAGAGGGGAGCGCUGCAGAGUUGAAAUGUCGAGCCAGCUCUUUGACUUCUGUGAGCUGGAUUACACCCAAUGGUUCCAUCAUGACGCACGGUGCAUACAAGAUUAGAAUCUCAGUGCUGAAUGAUGGCACUCUGAACUUCACCAACGUUACCAUGCAAGACACUGGGACAUACACGUGCAUGGUCAGUAAUUCAGCCGGUAACACAACAGCGUCCGCCACACUCAAUGUGUCCUCAACUGAAAACAGCAGCUUCAGUUACUUUACCACAGUGACCGUAGAGACGAUAGAAACGCCACAUAAUGAAGGUUUCACCACAAUUGUGCAACAGAAGGGAGGCCCCACUCCCUCGGCUCAUACAUGGAAGUCGGUUUCAGCCACUUCUUCAACUACCACAGUGCAGACCCCUGUCUCUACCCGUGCCACAGAGAAGACCUACACAAUCCCUGUCACUGAAUUUGGUGGCGAAGGCUCCCUCAAUGGUUUGGAUGAGGUCAUGAAGACAACCAAGAUCAUAAUCGGCUGUUUUGUUGCAAUUACGCUCAUGGCAGCUGUCAUGCUGAUCAUCUUCUACAAAAUGCGUAAACAGCACCACCAGCAGAAUCACCACGUGCCCACGCGCACUAUUGAGAUCAUUAAUGUGGACGAGGACUGCGUUACAGGAGGACCCGGCAUGGAGGGCCACCUGACUUUGCCUCCUCUUGAACAUGAGCACCUAAACCAUUACAACGCCUACAAAACAGCAUACAACCAUGCCUCCACUAUCAACUCCAUACACAGCUCAGCGCAUGAACCUUUGUUAAUCCGGGCAAACUCAAAAGACAAUGUACAAGAGACCCAAAUCUGAACAUUAUUUUCUCAAAUAAUGGAAUGACAGCAAGACUCAAACAUGAAUGAACCACCGUGUGUUCGACCAAUCAGUGCUUGGUGAUGUUCAUUUAGGGAUUUUGGUAAUUAGGGUAUGUCUGUUACAAGAAGUGUCUUUAAAGAAGUUAUUUAUUUAAAAACAAAGACUAUUGUUAAAUCAAGGGAAAACAUUUAUUUUUUCCUUCAACAUUUAAUUUUUGUCCCGCACCCUGCCCCUCCCCUCAUUAUAUUGGUUGAUUCAUGUUUCGUAGAUUAUGCCUAGCGACAAUAGGUCCAAAAGAAAUGAAACAAGAAGACUGUUUUUGGUAAACUGUCAACUUUGUUUUCCCAAACAAUCGAGAGCACACGGCAUUUCUCUCCAACUGUGGAGUAAGUGGUAAAGUAUUUUCUGAACGGUCAAUGACUGCAUGACAUAAAUAUUAAGCAACCGCUUAUUUCAAGGUGUUAAGCAGAAUUGUCAGUAAUAUUUGAUCAGACUGUGACAUAUGAGCAAUAUGUCCCACAUUUUCCUAUUGGAAACAAAAAUACCGUUGAGGAUUAAGAAUGACAUGUAGCUGUGAUGAAUAUUUUAUUUUUUCUCUCCACUUAUCCCAUGCGUUUAAUUUGCAGAAGAAGAAUCUUAUACUCAAAUUCCCAGCUUCCAAAUGACCACCCAGAUCUCAAACGCAAGGCAAAAUGGAAGAAAACUGUCAAGAAAGUGAACUGAAACAUUUACAAUAUGUCAUCCUUAUUCAUACUGAUACCCGUGAUUUUCUUUCCGUAUGUUUCCAAGCUUCCUAAGCUACCCUUUUAAAGCAUGUACCCCUUAUCUCAUCUACAGGGCUGUAGGACUGCAUGCUCGCAGGUAGACUGGUGAGCUUAAACCCUUUAUACAGCUGUCUCAGCACAUUGCCUGUAAUCCGCGUACCACAUUUCCACAUGGGCAGUGCCUGGCAGCUCCUCAUACACACCCUAUUCCUGCCAGCCACACAACUUGGCCCUGUGCAGCCGGUUUUGUGGCUAAAUGUGGGGAAACGGGCACCACCCAGAUGUUUAUGCUACACCUGCCUUACUCCCACGGCUCCAUUUACAUUUUAAUUGACCAGUUUGGCCCAAGGGCACAAUUGUGCAAAGGACCCUUUUCAGGAAAGCGUUCCCAAAAGCCCAUCAUGAAAAAUAAUGCCAAGCAACAUAACUUGAGGGGCUCGGUGGGCAAUCGGGAAAGCCCAACACUUUUCAAGUGUAUUCAACUUAGAAUUGUGUAUGGUUUCCCACCUUGCCAACCUCCUACCUCCCAAAUAAUGAUAAUGAAAGAUGCAGCGAGAUCACUGUACUAAUAUUGCCAUUCUUAAACUUUAGUCAAACGACACAAGUGUACAAGUGUAUUAACAGCCCAGGUGUUGAAGAAUAUUGCAGCGUUUGUGAUGUAUUUUGAGAAAAAAAAACCUCUGUUUUUAAAACAAAAAAUGUGUCCAUUGGCUUUUAUUUUUUAUUGUACUGUUUUAUAUAAAAUAUAUUUUACUGUUAUUUAAGAAACACAUGGCUUUGCAAAUCUGUUUAACCUACACUAUACUGACAAGCAGAGAUAGUCAUGUCAUACAGUGGCCCAAACAGGUGUCCAGCAAAUGUUUGUGAAAAACUGAUGCUUACCCGAAAAUAUUAUCAUAGUUAAUUUUAUUAAUAGUUUAAACAAUAGGUAUAGCACAAACUAUAUUCCCAAAACACUUAAAUAAUUGUUCAAAUGCUGACAGACAUCUUCAAACAUUGUUAUACUUUUCCAAACACAAUAAACAGCUUACAGCUAAGCAUGCACAAAGACUAUGUAGAGUCCCUGACCAGAUGUCAAUAAUUAUAAGAUGGUGAAUUAUUAGAGCCUGCGAUUGGCUGGCAACAAGUUCAGGGUGUACCCCGCCUACCACCCAAAGAUUGCUGGGAUAGGCUCUGGCAUGCCCGCAUUUCUCAUGAGAAUAAGGGUUCAGACGAUGAAAGAAUGAAUGAAUGAAUGAAUGAUUAUAGCGGUGAAAAUUUGACUGCACGGGAGUUACUGCACAUUGAUAGUGCCAACAAAGGAUGCUUCAGGGGCUGCGUUUUUUAUGUUAAAGUCUUGAUGUUGUUGCUGUUAUUGCUACAGUGAUUGGCACUUUGGUGUAUAUUGACCCAAAACUGCUGGAUUCACUUAGUGAGAACAGAAACUGGUGGUGGGAGAUAAACUGCUGUUACGCCCUCCACUGGAUUCAGUGCCACAGUCAGUCUCUCUUGUGAGCCAGUGUUGACAUGGGCGCUUCAUCUUUUCUUUGCAGUUCAGCUGUCAAUCACAGAUUUUACAAUUGUAGAUCAGGUGAGAGAGUGUUUGCAGGUGGAACUUCAGCACAGCUUUGGUUGAGUAUUUUGGCAUGUUUAUGAAUAAGAUUAACCAGUUGUUAUCUCAUGAUAAAAAAACUUCAUUACAAUAAAUAUCGUACAUGCUGUACACAGUAAUUUCAAAUGACAUCAGUCAUAAAUUAGGACCCCCUCAGACACACACACACACGCACACACACACACACACACACACACACACACACAACAGACUUCUAACGGACAGCUACUUUAGUUUUUGACAGUAACCAUUUUUUCAAUUUAUGAGACACUUAAAUACAAUAUAAAUACCAUGUAUGUAGACCAUAUAGUCUAGUAGACUGUGGAAAGUAGUUUUCUCUCUUGUUUUUUUGGUCACUUAACAAUCCACAAAGGAUGCCAAACCAAAAAUAUGCGGGCUCUGCUGUACUGUCUACUGUACUGUACUGUGUACAUGAUACACCCUGAAUCUCUGCUUGUUUUGUUUGUUUGUUUUUGUGGAGUUUUCAUUUUAACAUUGGUCUAUGUCUUUGGUCUUUCCUGCAUUCACAUUUGAGCUGAAGUGACCCAUUUUGCACCAGAGUUCACUCGCAAGGGUACAGCGAGCACUUCUUGAAGCGGUCAUGGUCUGCUUGUUUGGUUCACACCAGGGUUCCAAUGAUAGAGAUUACACACCCGCAGUCAAAUCAGUGGCGUCAGACUUAACAUAGCCUAACUUGUGUACAAUAACUCUUAUUGAAAUCACAUCAUUUUUAUUUAGAACAUUUUUACAUUAAAAAAAAAAAAACAUUCUCACCUCAAUGGUACUUCUGAAGACGAAUAAUUUUCUUUCCCCCUCCAGGAUUAUGAAACAUCAAUAUAGAAUAUGAGCACUUUGAGGUGCACAAGAUAGUGAGUCUACCCAGCAUGCCCACUGUUUGUAUCAAUAUUGUAUCGGCUACUAAUAUUAAGUUGGCAGUGCUUAAAAGAAACCGUCAUACAUGUGUGCUGCACGUAAAACAAAUGUCAUACAUGACUAAUUAAUUGAUAUAGGUCCACACUCCAUAGACAAUUAAAAUUUUAUCCUAUAUCGUGCUCUGUGCUGGCCACACAAUUGUGUUCUGUGGUGGCCACACAAUAAUCAUGAAAUUGCAUUAAUAAUUCUCUUUACUAGUUAAUUUAUUUGAUGCUCCGGUUCUACUCAUUUUACACACAAGUCUGUUACUCCAAUUUUGUCUUUAUUUGCAGUUUUGUUGUAUGGAAAUUUAAAUGGUGAAAUAAUCGCAUUUUAGUCAAGCUCCCUGAUGUGUGUAAAAUAUUGAAAUAUUUCUGUUUUGACAUAAGCAAUUUUUGAGACAAAAUGCAGUUGUAGUUGUAGAUUUAUACAAACAUAAAUUUUUAAGACUGCAUCAUUUAAAAUAAUCAAUAACAGGUGUUUUUUUGUUGUGGCUGUUUGUUUUUGUUCAGAUUUGUUUUUACUUGUACCAACCAGCCGUCUAAAAAAGCAAUGUGCUGUAAAAGACUAAGAGAUUGAUUUUCAUGUAAGAAUUGUUACACGACCUUUAAGAAGAUAUGGAGAUUGAUUAUAGAGACCAGAGUUUGUAGUACAUACACAAAAUAUGGUUAAAAUAAACUCUUGUUGUUUUUUUGUA